CGUUAGCUAAGUCCUCCAUCACGGAGUCUUCAUUCUUUUCUUGGCGCUUGGCAGCGUCACACGUUCAGUAUGACAAACCAGAAAGCUAUCGCGGAAAGAAAACGCCAGCUAGAGGAAGAGCUCGCCCUAAUCCAAGAUUUGGCCUACGGCGACCCAGAUCCCGAAGAACAGCUUACAUAUGAAGAUGUCCGCAAUCUUGAAAGGAACAAUGGCGAAGGAACUGUGACACCCCCAAAUGAGGAAGGUGCGGGAGAUAAGGAACCAGACAAUGAAGACGAUGAGUUGAGUGACAACGAUGUGAACAUAUAUCUCGGAGAAGAUGCCGAUGGUAGCGAGGCCUUAAAGCUACAACUUGACAAGCAAGUAACUAAAAGAAUAUCGAAAUGGUCGAAAUCUGGACUUCCAAAGGACGAGAAGGAGUCAUUAUCUUUAGUCCCCUUAAAAGGCUGCGUUGACCUUGAACCACCCGCACUCAACGAGGAAUUAAUGGCGCUCACGCAACAACGAGUAUUGGCCAGGGACACAAUUUACAAGGGCCAUCAAAAACUAGCAGCCAUUGCUGUGGCAUCAGCCGCUAUCUCUUUUUGUUCGGUGCUUGACGGGUUGGAGGACUCGCCGGGUAGGGAGUCCCUCCUAACCUCUUUAGCAAAUACCAUCAAAGCCUCGUGCGAACUGUUUUACCAAUUGAACACGUCAAGGAAAGCAACCAUUCUAGUAGGAAGAUUUGAAGAAAGGAUACAAAAGAUGUUAAAGGAAUCCGUGUCAACUACUCUGCUGUUCGGCGAUGACCUUAAAGCUCGUAUAGAGGGAGCAAAGGCCAUCGAAAAGGCGGCCAAAGACAUGCGUGCAAAGGAAACUCUCCCCCUUAGAGCAAAAGAAAAUUUUUUAAACAAGUACAGCUCCACCAACAGACGAGAGGUGGGAAGGCGGAGCUACAAGGGCCCACUACGGACAUCAAGCACCUCUCGCUCAUACAGAGGGAACUCCUCAAGGUCCCGCCCGACGAAGCCUUUCUACGCACAAUCCCAGCCGCAGAGGAACAGGACCGACAGACAAUAGAUCAGGAAGCAGCAGCACCCGCUAUCGUCCUCUCUUACCCUGGUGGCAGGAGUUGUUUACGGCAGGCAUAUGUACGAAGAAACUUAGACGCC